UCGAUUCAACAAAGAUGGCGGGCUACAGCGGUGACUAAAUCAAACGCACCUCGAUGCUUUCCUUCAAAGGGAAGGGACAUCAAGUUUGUGUGAAGUUGUGAAAAGUUGUUAAGCAGAAAAAGAGCACAGAAACUCCUCCCGUCUUCAAAUAUGAGCAAUCAGCAGCAGGGUGAAAUGGCCGCAGUCGAGAGUGGCGGAGGAUUCUCUCAGAAGCGAAAUUCACAAGACUCGCAGCAGCCCUCUCCCCUUGCUUUGCUGGCAGCCACGUGCAGUAGAAUCGAACCACCGGGGGAAAACGAUUCUUCUUCAGAGCAGCAUCAAACUCAGCAGCAGCUGAAGAUAAACCAAGUCUUCACCUCCAAUGCUAAUGGCUGGCAGGUUGUACCUCUUAGCCUCCAGACAUCCCCUGGCUCUAACACUACUACAACCACUGAUUCUACAGGAGCGAUGACAGGAGGUGAAAAGGGCAGACAGGUGCUGUCACCAUCUGAAGCUGCUGUGUGUAGUCAGGCUCAGCAGCAGCAGCAACAACAGCAAUAUGUUUUAGCUCAGGCUCCAUCAGUGGGAGGUCAGCAGAUGCUUACCACCAUAUCGGGCGUGAUGCCCAAUAUUCAGUACCAGGUUAUUCCCCAGUUUCAGACAGUAGAUGGCCAGCAGCUGCACUUUGCAGCUCCUCAGCAGGAGUCUGGGAUAACGGGUCAAGGUCAGCAGUUUCAGAUAGUGUCCUCUCCCAGUGGGCAGCAAAUCAUAACAGCUGCCAACCGAACCGGCGCAUCAGGAAACAUUAUAACUAUGCCCGGUGUCCUUCCGGGAGCCAUUCCCAUACAAAGCAUCAGCUUAAGUAAUGGUGUGCUACAAAACCAACCUCAAAUCUUGGCAAACAUGCCAGUGUCUCUCAAUGGAAAUAUCACCCUGCUGCCUGUCAGCACAGGUGCUACAGGGGGAGAUGCAAACUGUGCUGGAGAUGGAGGGGGUCACCAACAAGUGGAAAACCAGACGCAGCUGCCUGUAUCUUCUGGGGCUGGUUACAUGACCAAUGUAUCCACUGUCACCACACAGACCUCCUCUUAUGGAAUCAGCCAAACACAGAAAAGCAACGGAUCAGGCGCAGGAAGUUUCCAACAGAGCCCCUCGCCUGUUGGGGUCGCUGUUCAGUCAGAAAACAGGAAUGGACAGCAGCCUCAGCAAAUUCUCAUACAGCCUCAACAGGUCAUCCAAGGUGGAGCAUCCCUUCAGACUAUCCAGGCUGGUGCUGUUGCAGGAGGCCAAGUGUUUGCAGCUCCAACACUCAGUCAGGAGGGUCUUCAAAACCUUCAAAUCAUGCCAAACACAGGACCUAUCCUCCUGCGCACCGUAGGCCCCAAUGGCCAGGUCAGCUGGCAGACCAUUCAGAUUCAGAGUCCAACUGGGGCACAGAUCGCAUUAGCCCCUGUGCAGUCCAUACCCCAGCUUGGCCAAGCUCAGGGAAACUCUGGUGCAGGAGCAGUACCUGUCAACACAGUGCAGAUCCCAGGCAUUCAGACCAUAAACCUUAACGCCCUCGGAAGUGCUGGACUGCAGAUGCACCAGAUACCAGGAGUUCCGAUCAGCAUCGCCAACCCAGCAGAUCCACCGCUACAUACAGCUGGAGACAGUUUAGAUGACAGUGCGAUCAUGGAUGACGAGGACAUCAGCCCACCCAAUCAGGGUCGACGUAACCGCAGAGAAGCGUGCACCUGUCCAAUGUGCAAGGAUGGAGAGGCACGUGAUCCAAAUAAAAAGAAGCAGCACAUUUGUCACAUAAGCGGCUGUGGGAAAAUCUAUGGGAAGACCUCACACCUCCGAGCCCACCUCCGUUGGCAUACAGGAGAACGGCCUUUCGUCUGUAACUGGUCUUUCUGCGGUAAAAGAUUCACGCGUUCAGAUGAGCUCCAGCGCCACCGGAGGACACACACAGGUGAGAAAAGGUUCGCCUGCACUGAGUGUCCCAAGCGCUUCAUGCGUAGCGACCAUCUCUCAAAGCACAUCAAGACCCACUUCAAUAAGAAAGUUGGGACAGUUACCAACAGCUCCACAUUAGCAGGCGAUGCGGCUUCCCCGGCAGCAGGAACGGAAGCAGGCAGCGGAGCAGUGUCGGGCAAUGACCAACACUCCAUCGUCACCAUGGAAACCUUAUCUGCAGAAAGCUUAGCUCGUUUAGCCAGUAGUGGUAUCAACAUGAUGCAGGUGGACCUCCACCAGAUCAAUGGAAACAGUUAUUAAAAAAACAAAGGGAGAAAUCUCCCUGUUUGGAAUUUGUGCUUAAAACGAGCAGAAAAAAGGGCAAAACCUCUAAGGUGUCUAACCGAAAAAGGUCUCCAAGUCAACGUUAAAUAUACUAGAUUCAGAAUUUGAUUUUUAUAUUUUAGGUAUUGAUAGUAUUUAAUAGUAUGCUCUAUUAAAACUCUGUCAAAUUCAAUUUUUCCUUGCAAAGAAGUCACAUUUACACCAACACUUCUCCCACAGUUUUAACAAAGCUGCACUUGAGUACAAGUGGGAUUGAAAUUAGUUAUUUGAUAGUUAAUUUGAGACGAGUUAUCUCCACAUUUUUCUUUAGAAAAGAAGUGACCUCAAGUCACUUGCUCUACUUACUCCAGGGCUGUUUUGUAUUUGCCCCUUUUUGCGCCAGAGGUCACUUGCCCCGUCCACAGCACCAUUAGCAUUUCCCUAAAAUUAUAAUGAAACACCCUGAUAUCAAGUAUUUACGUCUGCGAUUACUGCAGUCAUGAUAAAAUUGGGUAAUUUUAGAGACAUGCAUUUCUACUGUCAUAGUGCAUGAAUUCAUUACCCAGCAGAAAACUGGGCCAAAAGCAUCGUCUGUACAGGAGUCUGUCUGUGCGGAAGUCCUGCGGAUAACUCUUAUGUAAGAACACAUUCAAGCCAUCGUGCUUUAAUAUCUAUGGUAUCAAAGCAUUUUUUUUAAAGUGUAAAUAUAUAUAUAUUGUUUUUUGUAAAAUCAAAGUUAAGCAGGAUCAUCUUACAUGAUUGCAGGAUAAUGCUUUACAGUUGUUUGUCCCUUAUGCACAAUCAAUCUUAAUCUUAUUUUUUUAUAUAUAUAAAUAUCCAUAUAGAUUAACUGUAUAAACUUUGGAGUUGUCAUAGAAUGGUAUAUACAGUUCAGAUCUUCCAGUUGACACAUACCUUUGUUUUUUCCUGUGGUACCAGUUUUUCUUUUAAGAAUUUUAGAGCAAUGUCACUUUCAGUUUUAAUGGAGUUUUGUUUUUCCUGUCAUUUAUGGCCAGAGCAAAAAACAAAAAAGAAAAAAAAAUGGAAUAAUGUUUAGACAGUUUACAAGCUCAAACCAAAGCUUCACAUUUCCUGUCUUUUGCCAGAGAAGAGCCUGGAGAGAAGUUUGUCUUUGGUCAAUGAACUUUGUUUUUUCUUGUACAAAUAUGAUGCAUAUGUUAAAACUGGAAAAGAACAA